AUGACUUGGAAUCAGCUAUCGAUAAAUCGGCCUCAUUUGGCCUACAUCAUUCUGGGCGGCUUUACUAGCCUGUUCAUGCUUUGCUCCUCCUUCAUCAAGGAGCGAUUAUACCUCGGUGAAGCCGCCGUCGCAACCAUAUGCGGUAUAAUAUUUGGUCCGCAUGCCGCCAAUCUGUUCAAUCCGGGCUCAUGGGGUAACGUGGAUCAGAUCACGUUAGAAUGCUCGCGCAUCGUCUUGGUCGUGCAAUGUUUUGCCGUCGGCGUCGAAUUGCCGCGCGCUUACAUGGAGAGGCACUGGCGUUCAGUUGUCUUCCUAUUGCUUCCCGUCAUGACGUUUGGCUGGCUCAUGACCAGUCUUUUCAUUUGGUGGAUGAUUCCGCCGCUGUCCUGGCUCGAAGCACUCUGCUGUGCGGCUUGUGUCACGGCUACGGAUCCUGUCCUGGCAUCGUCUGUCGUGGGUAAGGGUAAGUUUGCAAAACGUGUACCCAAACAUUUGCGUGACGUCCUAUCCGCCGAGUCCGGCUGCAACGAUGGUAUGGCUUUUCCUUUUAUUUAUUUGUCUCUCUACCUUAUUCACUACCGCCCGGACGCCAACGAGGUGUCUUUUCACUGGUUCGUCUUGACAAUUCUCUACGAAUGUGUCUUUGGAGCCAUCUACGGCUUCAUCAUCGGGUACCUUGGCCGGCACGCAAUCAAAUGGGCUGAACAACGCGAAAUGGUUGAUCGAGAAAGUUUUCUCGUCUUUUACUUUGUUUUGGCGCUUUUCUGCGCCGGCUCGGGCAGCAUUCUUGGCAUCGACGAUUUACUCGUGGGCUUCUCCGCCGGCGUGGGUUUCAGUAAUGAUGGAUGGUUCCUGCAAAAGACCGAAGAGUCGCACGUAUCCAACGUUAUUGACUUGUUGCUUAACUUGGCAUACUUUGUUUAUUUCGGUUCCAUCAUCCCCUGGGAGCAGUACAAUGCGCCUGCGCACGGCACCACGCCCUGGCGAUUGGUUGUCAUUGCCCUCUUUGUUAUUUUCUUCCGGCGAAUUCCUAUCAUGAUGGCCUUGAAGCCAGUGAUACCGGAUAUAAAAACGUGGCGAGAAGCACUCUUUGCCGGGCAUUUUGGUCCUAUUGGUGUCGGCGCCAUCUUUGCUGCGAUCCUUGCCCGUGCAGAGCUGGAGACCGACUCGACGACGCCCUUGGCCAAGCUGCCGCCGCCGGGUUCCCCCAAUUAUGCACUCGAAUAUCUAAUCUGGCCCAUUACGACCUUUCUGGUGGUCUCAUCCAUUCUUGUUCAUGGCUCUUCCAUUGCUGUGUUCACGCUAGGCAAGCACAUCAACACCCUCACCAUCACCAUGUCAUACACGCAAGCCAACGAGGAAGGACCUUCGUGGAUGAAUCGACUUCCUCGUAUUUCAUCUCAGGCCAAGAGCUCCAUGUCGAUGCGCCGACCAGAUGAUACCGACUCGUCUGUCGAAAAGCUUUCUGAAAUCCAGCCCGGUACUCUUGGUCCUAUCGGCCUCCCUGGAAAUUUCUUGCGGCGCCAAAAGGAAGAAGAAUAUCCGACUCACGACAAUCGAUCUUCGAGCUUACGGCCUCUGAGCCGGCGGAGGAGACGAGACGUGCCGUCCAUGGGCCCCGGUGGCCCUAUCAGCCAGUCAGCCAUCAUGCCGAUGAAACGUCAGGAAAGGAGUCCAUCUGAUACGGCUGUCGAGAGGAGCGACGAAUCAACGCCCCACGAGAGCGAGUCGCCCCAAGAGGAUCGCUCUCGCCGCGGCAGUGCGCAGGAGGAGGAAUUGGAGGCCUACCAAGAAGGAGACGAAAUAAUCAUCGAGGACGAAGAAGGAAACGUGCUCAAGGAACAGGAUGAGCGUGGUCGUUCGGAGCGCGAAAAGGAAGAAGACGUAAAAGAGGCCGGGGAAGAGGCUCGAAAAGAAGGCGACGUUGAGCAUGGUGUAUCCCGGGCAGAGCACGAAAAGCACGAGCAUAUUGGACCAGCACUCGAACAUGCCAUGGCCAAGGAAACAAACAAGGACAAGGAAGAAAUCAAACAGGAGGUGCAGCACCAUGCGGAACGCGUCGGGAAACCGAAUCGGAGUCUCAAGGAGAAGUGGGAAGAUUGGAAGCGCUCCCGAACCGGCGAUGGAGAGGCGGCCGAGCACAAGCGCAGACGUGGCCCUGCCUUGGCCUACCAGUUUGGCAAUACUAUCAUUGUGGAAGAUGAGGACGGUGAAGUCGUCAAGAAGUACAGCAUACCUGGCUCGAAGCAAGCUCAGGCGGAAGCGGGCGAGGGACCGAGCCGACAAGCAUUGCAGCGCAUGGGGACUUGGGUGGGCAUGAAUAAGAAGGAGAAGGAGCCUGAUCCCGAGUCUAAAAAGGAACGGAACAAGCGCCAGCAAGCUGAAGACGAUGCACGCAUUCGAUUCACCGUUACUGCUGGUGGCGAACGGAUGACCAAGGGUGAUUUCAUCAAGCAAAUUUCGCAACUCGAUCCCAAAGCACGCGCCAGAGCCCUCCAGCAGAGCGACGCACCAGAGCACUACAAGGACGCCGCCUUGAGAAAGAGCAUUGGUGACGCCGGGAUUGCCAUUAGUGGCAGUGAUAUCCCUGCAAUAAACGAGCCAGGCAGUAGCAGCACCGCCUCCGGCGACGGCACACGACACGCCAAGAGUGGAACUGCCGCUCAACGCCGUCGCGAGGCCGCAGCCGCUACACGUCGUGUCUCUGCCGGUGUCACGCCGCCAUCAGCUGCUGCUCAGCAAGGCUAUGACUCGGAUGACGACGGCACAGAACGCGUCCCUCCUCGCCGGAGACGCGAUGAAGGCACUGCAGGCGGAGAGGUUGAAACCCCAUCCACUCGCGACUCUGCGGGCCGCGAACCCGAGACUGCUGCCGAGCGAAGGCGUCGUGAAGCUGCAUUAGGAGUGUCGACUGCUUCGGGCGAAGAAGACUCUGAGGACGACGACACCGAGCGCGUGCCGCCGAGCAGUUAUAGGGCUUCUGGACCGAGCGCCGGCAGUCGCGGAGAAGGUCCUGGCGGCAGUGGCAGUGGCAGUGGUAGCGGUAGCGGCACACCGUCUUCCGCGCCUUCAUUGACUGAACCCGAGCCCGUACAUUCUCGACGUCAGACCAAUAUUCGCUUCGCCGACGAUAGUAAUAAUCCUCCUUCGGCAUGGUCGGCCAAUGGCAACAGCUCUGGAUCAAGAAGAUGGGGCCCCAAUCGAUCAAGGAGAUGA